AUGAAAGUGUUGACAGAGUGUACUAUAGGCAUUCUUUUAUUGACUUGCGUCUGCAUAGUGCAGGUUAGCAAAGGCUCCAGCGUGUUCUUCCAAUCUGGGGAGUGCAAGUUCAAUCCCAAGUUCUUCGAUAACUUCACCAUACGCACCGUCAACAACACGGUCAAUCUGGAAAUGGUCACCAAGAGGAGUUUUGAUCGCGGCUUUAAUGUUCACGUCGACUUCUCCAUUAAAAUGGGCAAAACAGAUCGUUACCAACGUGUGUUCGCCCACACCAUGGAUGCCUGUGCAGUUACAAUGGCCUUGAAGAAGAACAUUUUUAAGGCCUGGUUCCAGAGCAUGUUGGCUCACGGCAACUUCAUAUACCACUGCCCAGUGCCCCCCGAUCAUUAUUAUCUGCGCAAUUGGAAGCUGGACCCCAAGCUGGUGCCCCAGUAUUUGAGUGCCGGCAGCUAUCGCGUCACCGGCCACUUUUUCUAUGGCAAACUCAAGUCCAAGUUCGAGGAAACUGUCUUAGACAUCAUUGUAUAUGCAUCAUUAAAGGCCAAGUAG